AUGUCAAGCUCUGUGCGAUCAAAGAGGCGUCGCGAUGUAGCCUAUCGUUGGAGGACGUACUUUACCGACAUCCAUGUGCCCAAAUCCAUAUUUGUCGACACCGAGGCCGAGAACCGUUGGGCAAACCGCAACCUCGACCCGAUCCCACCGGAGAAGUGCAACUGGCGUGAGAUCGAUUUUGUCUCGUACUGGCUCUGCGACCUCUUUGCGCUCCCCACUUGGUCGACCGUCUCGACGGUUAUGCUUGCUGGCUUCUCGGCGAGGCAGACGGUGCCCAUCUGCAUCAUUGGCUUCUCCCUCUGUGGCGUCGUCAUCACUUUGACUACAUUGGUCGGAUGCCAGUACCGGGUGCCUUACCCCGUCGCCAGUCGCAUCGCCUUUGGUCUCUGGGGCUCAAUUCCUGCUAUUUGUGCUCGUUGUUUCGUGGCCCUGAUGUGGCUGUCAAUCCUGACAUGCACCGGCGGUCGCCUCAUGGAAGUUCUGCUGUCAGCUCUCUUCCCCUCCUUUCUCACCAUGCACAACCCCUUCCCCGCCUCUGCCAACAUUACGCCCCCUGAACUCAUCGCCUUCUUCAUCUACUGGGGCAAUCAGCUCGGCGCCGACUGCAUCCCCUUUGCCAACGACUCGAUGGCGCUUGCGCCACGGUACAUCAACCGCUUCCGUGCCAACACUUUUGCCGCCGUCGUCUGCGUCAUCUCGACACCCUGGAACAUUAUCAGGAGUGGCCAAGGCUUCAUCACCUUUCUCCUCGGCUACGCCUCCUACACUUCGUGCUUGGCCGCCAUCAUGGUCGCCGACUUCUUUGUCGUCAAGCGCCAGAAGGUCGACGUUUGCGAGCUCUACAAGCCCUACGGCCUCUACUGGUACACCCACGGCUGGAAUUGGCGUGCCUAUGUCGCCUUCUUUGUCGGCUUCAUCCCCUCGGUGCCCGGCUUUGCCAAGUCGAUUGAUGACUCGCUCAACAUCGGCACGGCUUGGGUUCCUUUCCAGAUGGCCUGGAUCUUUGGCACCGUCGUCUCCUUUACGACGUAUAUUCUCGUCAACCUCGUCUGGCCCGACCCAGCGCGGGUCUACGAGGCCGUCAAGCCCCAUGAGAUCUUUGCGCAGCGACGAAGGGCGCGUGCGGCCGAGAAAGCGCGCCGCAAGCUGCUUGAGCAGCAGCAGCAAGAACAACAACAGCAGGAGUCCGCCACCGUAGACUUCGACGCCAGGUCAAUGAGCAAGGGCUCGAUGCCCACCACGCCCGGAGACGGCCUGGCCGCGGCCGAAGGCUCGUCGACAAUCAAUGGCGUAGCCGAUGCGAGCACGGGGUCGAACCCAUACUUUGUCAAUGCCCUCACGAGCCACAAUGGGUCGGGCGAAGACCUGAGGACCGUCGAAAAGGAAAUCAUCGAGCUGUACGAGACGGACCGCCGCCAUCCGCAGCACCAGAUUCGCAACAGCCCGUCGGGCCCUCACCACAACAGCAGCAAAGUCGAGUAGACUUUGCUCCUUCCCCUUUUAUUCCCUCCUUCUCGCUUCCGUCUUCCCUGCUCAUUCACCCGCU